CUAUAUUGAUCUUCUAUUACUCUCCCGCUCGAACUUUUGAACACAUUCAAAAGUGAAGGCAAUCGAUUAGAUUCCUCCGGCGACACACCGUUACUCACUCAAAUCUACGCCGCCAAUUCACCUUUUCCGUCAUAUGAAUUGAGAUACUGGCCGAAGCUUAUCGUUUUAUACGGAAAAAAACGAACUCGUGCAAGUUUCGUCUACCAUGCCUCACUCCACAGAGGAAGACGAAAUGCCUGGCCGGAAUUUGUUGAAGGAGAAAAUUGCUAGGGUUCUCGACGAAGCUCGAGCUUCUCAGGCGACACAUAAUCGAAAGCUCAAAGAAUUGUUGAAUCUCUUACGGUCAUCGGCUUCUGCUCCGGACGCGUUCUUUGCGGCAUUUUCGGAAGCAUUAACUCCUCUAUUUGACUUCGGUCGCAGGAGUGCUUCUGCCGAACGAAUUAUCAGAUUUGUUUCCGUUUUCUCCACUUUUCGCUCUGACAAGGAUACCAAUUCAUCGCUCACUGAUGACUUCUUGGAGCGGUUUUUGAGGUUCCUGCUUGUGGCUUCUGGGGCGGCCAACAAGAAUGCUAGACUAAAAGCCUGCCAGAUAGUUUCUGAGAUCAUAAUGCGGUUGCCAGAUGAUGCUGAAGUCAGUGAUGAACUGUGGGAUGAGGUUAUAGACUGUAUGAAGGUUCGUGUAAAUGACAAGAUCCCUGCAGUUCGUGCAUUUGCUGUUAGGGCUCUUUCGCGCUUUCUGAAUGAUUCAGAUAAUAGUGAUGUUCUAGAAUUGUUCAUUCAGAAACUGUCUCUCGAACAGAAUACGGAUGUUCGUAGGACGAUAGUGUUAUCAUUGCCUCCUUCGAAUGCAACUUUAGCUGCAGUUAUUGAUUGCACAUUGGAUGUUAGUGAAUCGGUACGCAAGGCAGCUUACUGUGUUCUUGCGAGCAAAUUCCCACUGCAGAGUCUUAGCAUCAAGCUUAGGACAAUUAUUCUCCAAAGGGGACUUGCUGAUCGCUCCACUGCUGUUGUAAAGGAGUGUUUUAAUCUGAUGAAGGAUGAGUGGCUUGUUAAAUUUUGCAAUGAUGACCCCAUUGAACUUCUUAAAUAUCUUGAUGUUGAAACCUAUGAGGCGGUUGGUGAGUCUGUUAUGGGCGCUCUUCUAAAAGGAGGACUGGUAAAGUUAGAAGACAUUCAUGGCCUUCGUCAGUACAUAACAUCAAAGUGUGACUCAACAGAAGGACAUUGUGGCAACAAUUUUCGGCUAAUGGAACCUGAAGUUUCUCUGUAUUGGAGAACAGUCUGUAAACAUCUCCAAAUACAAGCACAAGCAAAGGGCUCUAAUGCGGCUUCAGCAACUGGAACUGAAUCUGCUGUAUAUGCAGCUGAAGCAACAGACACCAAUGAUCUUCUUGACCAAGUUCUUCCAGCUUCCAUUACGGAAUAUGUUGAAUUAGUCAAAUUUCAUCUUGUUGCUGGACCAAACUAUCGAUUUGCAUGUCGCCAGCUACUAUUGCUUGGUGCCAUGCUUGAUUUUUCUGAUGCAACAAACAGAAAGGUUGCUGGUGAGUUGGUGCAAGAGUUGCUGCAAAAGCCUCUUGAUCAUGAACUGGAUGAAAAUGGAAAUGAGGUUGUCAUUGGAGAUGGCAUUAAUCUAGGUGGAGACAAGGAUUGGGCUGCUGCCGUGUCACAGUUUGUCAGACAGGUUCAUGCUGCACCUGGUGAAUUUGAAGAAGUGGUAUUGGGCAUUCUGUCGGUGUUGGCUCAGCCUUGCAGAGAGAGAACAGCAGAUUAUAAACAGUGGGUCCAAUGUCUUGCAGUAGCUGGCCUUCUCUUAGAAAGUGCACAGUCAUAUAGUUUGAUGCAGGGAAAAGCAAUUGAACCUGUUGAAAUUCUGCACUCUUUAUUGCUUCCUGGGACCAAGCAUGCACAUGUUGAUGUCCAGAGGGCUGCAAUAAGAUGCCUUGGCCUUUUUGGAUUGCUGGAGAGGAAACCUAGUGAAGAUUUGGUUAAGCAGUUAAGGUCUUCUUAUGUUAAAGGUCCAUUACCAAUUACGAUUAUGGCUAGCAUGGCGUUGCUUGAUCUUGGACUUUGGCAUGGUCCUCAAAAAAUUGACAAAGCCAUCAAUCAAGACCUAAGAUCAGAACUUAAAGAUAAUAAAAACGGUUUCAAUUCUGUUAAUUGGUGUGAUCUUAGUGGCCUUCUGGAUCAUGAGCUGCUUGAUUUAUUAUAUGCUGGAAUUGAGAUAAAUGGCACUGGUGACUUUGUUGAGAGUGACGAGGUUGAGUCUGUUCAAGCUGUUAUUGCGGAAGGUUUUGCAAAGAUACUUUUGCUGAGUGAAGAAUAUCCAGAUAUACAUGCAUCAGCCCAUUCUUUGUUAGCAAAGGUCAUUUGCCUGUAUUUCCACAGUGAUAAUGGUGAACUAUUAAGGUUGAAACAGUGUCUAUCCGUAUUCUUUGAGCAUUAUCCUUCUCUUUCGACGAAUCACAAGAAAUUUUUGUCAAAGGCUUUUAUUCCAGUUAUGCGCUCCUUGUGGCCAGGCAUCAACGAGAAUACAAAAAGGAGUACUGCUGCGGUGGCAGAAAUGCGAAAGCGUGCUACCCAAGCAUCGCGUUUUAUGUUGCAGAUGAUGCAAGCUCCAUUGUAUAAAAAGGACAAUGCACCUGAAGAUGGAGUUGGCAUUGAGAAUUCAAAAGAUGGUUUUACUGAUUUUGAGAGUGGAGAGGAAGGACUUGCGAUACGUAUAGCUGCAGAGGUUGCAGGUUUUCGCUCCAAUAAGUCAGCUGCUGAGAAAUCCUAUGUCGUAGCACUUUGCAGAAUACUUGUCUUACUUUGUUGCAAUUUGUCCCAAGACUCAGAACAAGUGCCAAUAAAGUUGUUGCGGCUGCUUUUGAAUUGUGUAGCUCAAUCUAUGGUAUCCGAAAGAGAGCUAAUUAAGGAGCUUAACAUGAUGGGAGGGCGGUUAAAGGCAGUUGACAAAUGUCCCGAUGAGAAGUUGUCCACCAAUGAGGCCAAUCUUAUUUUGGGGAAGCUGGACCUUGAAAUGAACUUUGAAGAAGUUGAAUCCGCUGAGGUUCCACCUACUCCAGUGUCUCGAUCAGUUAGGGCGCCUCGUGGACGCAGACGAGCCAAACUGGGAGAAGAAUCCUCUUCUGAUAGUGAAUCAUCACCAACUUCAGUUGUCCCUGCAGGUUGCAGCACCACAAGGACGCGAUCCCAGAGAGCAAGCAAGACAGCAGCCUUGUCCAAGAUGACUGCAAAUCAUGCGACGAUUGACGAGGAGGACGAGGCAGAGGAUGAAAAUGGAGAGGACUCCGAUUCUGCAGUAACAUCUGAAGAUGACUCUGAGAAAAUGUGAUAGACAAACAGAAAGAUUUGAAAGAACAGAUGUAUGCUGUGGAUACCAGGUUAUGUGUUGUACACUGAGGAAUGUCCUGCAUUUUGUGCACCUCGUACAAGUAGUACAUGUUCAUUAGCCAACUUUAGAUAUAUUCUGCACUGAUUUUACUAAUCAGUCUCAACGCAUUCGAGCGACUUCUUUUGUUGCUGACAUUACAGCAGAAAGGUUUGUAAUCUUUUGUUACGAUAAUUAUGGUGCUGUAUAAUGAUAACGAAAAUGAAGGGUUAUGUUUUCCUAAGCUGCUUUAUUGUGAGCC